AUCGGGUAGGGAACUGACAGUUGCCAUUUUGUAAAGAAAAAAAUAAACAUAAAAAACAUUGUAAUGGAAGAAGCUUUUGAGAAACUAAAGAAAGAAGGAAAGAACGACGUCGACAAUUUAAUUCAAUGGAUGAAAAAUUCAAAAAUUAUAGAUGAAGCUAAAGCGUCAGAAGAGAAAGCACGGAAUCUGUUUCAAGAUGUCACCAACAAGCAAACUGUUGAGCUGGCCAAGUUUAAAGAGGCGCUCGCCAAGAUCGCUGCUGACCAGAAGAAGAGUUUGGAAGAGCUGUGCCAGAGCCUGGCUGAGCAGGGACCGAAGGUGCUGAACGCUUUGAUGGCUGGAGUCAGUGCUUUUAAGGAAGCGGUUAAGAAGCCUUAAGAUAUUCUAU